CAUCUCUGUGUUUGUGUCUCUCUUUAUAUAUAUAAAAAAAAUUCAGGAGAUAUCCUCAGAUUUCUGAUAGAAGCAAACCCUUUCAGCAAAGAUUAAAAAAAAUAUUUAUCGUUCAGCUUUUUGUUAAGAAAUAAGUCUGUAUCUUUCCCUCAUAUUAUAGCCCACGGACUGCCAGACACACGGAAAAUUACGGAAGGCCAUCAUGAAGAACUAAUCUAAAGCAUAACAGCGUUUCAUUGGAAACACGUCAGACUGCAAAUGUUGGGAGGGAAAUGUUGCUCGCUGCCUCAGUCUGUAUAGCCUAGAGCAGAGGAAUGACCUUCGUUGCAGUCCUGCUUCAUGUUGGGAGUAUUGAGCUGUUCUGUGCCAUUUUGAGAAAUUCCAGCGUUUAUUUUCUCUUGGAGAUUCACAGCUUCUCAUUAAGAAUCAAAAACUGGAAGAAGUAGCAGCACUUCAGAAACUUCUGGAUGAUUUAAACAAUAUAUAUAUAUAUAUAAAACAUCAGCUUCUAAGUUGCUUGGGGGGGGUAAAUUUCUGCGCCCAAGUAAAAUUGGAUGACUGCCGUCUGAUUCAGGGUAUGUUGCAACCAAUCGUCAACAGUCAAAAAAGGUGUUAUUUAUGAAUUAAAUACAUUAUAUUAAUCAUGUCUUCGGUCAGUUAUCCAAACUGGGUCACUUUUGAUGAUGAUUAUGGCUUCCAGUCACCGAAACAGUCCUUCACCCCAAAUAAUGGGCUUAAGCCCAAUGGCUUGGUGCUGAACCUGUCUUCUCAAUGGGAUACAUCCAGGAGAACUGACUCUGGAAGUAGCACACCACUUUCUUCACCAUUCGCAAGCUUUCCUUGCACCUCAUCAUCUAGACUUCAGACCCCGAUUACACCAAGCCCAUCUAGGGAUAACUACUUUAAGAUAGAGGAUCUGUCACAAACUGAUGAGUUUAGGCCACACAAUAAUGAGAAUGGAUACACUAACCCAUUUUGGAAUCAGCAAUGUAUUUCAAAGAAUGGUGUUUCUUACCGUGAACAGGAAAGUAACCAGACCAGUAACACCUCAGCCACUAAUGCCGCAAACACUUUUUUUCAUGGUAACCAUCCUCCCAUUCAAAUGAGAGAACACCAUAAAAGUGAGAGUAAUUCUCCUCUAAUUGUUCUUUGCCAAAAACUUGAAAAGAUGCAAGCAGAGGACUUCCAACCUUCAGAGACAUCUUCAGAAAGCAAACAGCUUAAUGCUCAAAUGUCUUCAUCUAUUGUUAGGAAUCUCUUCAGAAUUGAAUGCAAAAAUGGUUGGCCUUUAAUGAUGAGGAUUCCUGAGAAGAAGAACAUGAUGUCGUCUCGUCAAUGGGGCCCAAUCUACCUGAACCUCCUGGCUGGUGGAAUUUUACAACUAUAUUAUGAGCAAGGCCUUGAGAAACCUUUUAAAGAAUUUCAGUUGCAACCUUACUGCAGACUCUCAGAACCCAAGCUGGAGAGCUACAAGGAAUCGGGAAAGAUCCACACGGUGAAGAUUGAACACGUGUCAUACACAGAAAAACGCAAAUACCACCCAAAGACUGAAGUCUUACAUGAAGCGGAAAUUGAGCAGGUCUUAAAGUUUGGAACAACUGACUACAGGGAUUUCACAGACUUCACUGCUGCUGUUGAAGAGGAGCUUAUGAAACUACCCCUCCUUACACAGCGCAGAAAGAACUAUGAUGAGCAAGAAAUGAUGCUUGAAAUUACAGAUCACUUCUGGGGAAAAUUUACAAGAGAAGGAAAAUUAUUUGAAGCUUCUGUGAUGACCCACAUUUAUUGCCUGUGCUUCAUUAAUGGCAGUGUUGAAUGUUUUUUGACUCUUAAUGAUUUACAGCUUCAAAGAAGAGACCGUGGUUACUUGAAAAAUGACAUGGAUAGCACAUGGAUUCAGAUCUGUGACUACCGUGUUCAUAAGUGUGUGAAAGAAAAUGAGUUUGAGAAAUCGAGAGUCAUUAAAUUCAUGCCUCCUGAUGCCUGUAGAUUGGAACUGAUGCGCUUCAAAACCGUCUGUGAUAAUCCUGAGCUUCCCUUUUUGUUAAAGGGUCUGGUCACAGUUCAAGGAGCCUACACAGAAUUACAGGCAUUUCUAGUCAUGUCUUCUGCCUUUUCCAAUCUUCAAAACACACCGCCUUCCAAGCAUUGUGAAAACGUGAUGAUCCGGUUUCCUGUUCCCACAGCUUGGUUCAAAAUAUUUCGCACUGUAAAUCUCUUCAGACAGAAAUCCUUGAAGGCCAAAAUGAAUCGGAAUGCUCGACUUGGCUCUGUUAGCACCACAGGUGCUGAGCCAGUAAUGCAAGUCACCAUUGGCACAGCUAAGUAUGAGCACGCUUACAGGGCAAUUGUCUGGAGGAUUGGUAGUCUACCUGACAAGAAUGCAGCAUCUGACCAUCCACACUGUUUUUCUUGCAAACUUGAGCUGGGUUCAGACCAAGAAAUACCCUCAGAGUGGAAGCCAUUCAUCGCUGUGGAGUUUGAGGUGCCUGACACAUCAGCUUCCAAAGUGAAAGUGAAAUCAUUUGGGACAGAAAGUGAUAUCCAGCCAGAGAAGCACAUACACCCAAAGGCUCGAUACCAUUACCAGCCGAGACUCUAUAAAUCUGUUAUUGAGGAUGUCAUCAAUAAUGUACAUGAUGUUUUCCUUGAAGAAGGCAUUGACGAUCAUGUUCUUAAGGAUCUAAAACAGCUUUGGGAGAGCAAACUUCUGCAGUCCCGAGCUGUGGAAGGCUUUUUCAGGGAGAAUAAUCACCAGCAGAUCAUGUUGGAACUCCAGCAGCAGAAAACUCAUCAAACUGUACACACAUCAUCAGCUUCUAUUGUGAUUCCUGCAGGUAGAAGUGUUCAGAAUUUUACAUCUGCAGAACUGAACGCUUCAGGAACUACAGCUACUCUUACAUUACCUUCUGGGAUUGGUCUUCCAAUCCAGGUUCCUGCUGGAGUUACCUUACAGACUGCUUCAGGCCAUAUGUAUAAGGUCAAUGUACCAGUAAUGGUAACCCAAAGUGCUGCAGGCCAGAAAUAUUUCCAGCAGCCUGUUCGUCAUUUCAUUCACCAAGUAAAUACAGUUACAGGGCAGACAGCUCUUAUCCAACAAAACACAGUUUCUGGUCAGGCGCAUGCCAUUCAGCAGUCUUCACAAGACCAAGCACCCACACUUCAACAAUCUAAUUCGGGUCACGUUUCCACACAUCAGCAGUUGCUAACAAACCAAUCUUUCGAUGUAGCUAGUCAGUCUGUUCUGCAGCAGCCUGGUAUGUCAAGACAUGUAUACAUUCAACAACAGGGUACAAUGAAACAGGUAGUUUUACAACACUCUGGGAUGGGGGUACAGACAGGGCCAUCUAUUGUUAUUCAGAGACAGUCCAUAGCAAAUACAGGAAUGCUAACACAGCAACCUGUAGCAUCCACAGAGCCAACUCAACUAGAGCAGCCUGUGGAAGAACAAGCAGCAACAGGACAGACUCAACAUCUGUUAAUUCAAGAUUCAGACCGAGUUCCUCUAGCACAUACGCUCAUUGUACAAAAACAAGCAUCUGAACAAAACGAAGGAACAAACAUACCACACUGCAUUUCUGAGCAGUGUGUAGUUCAACAGUUUGCACCCCAGGUAAAUGAGGCAUUGUUGAUGGUUGCCGCAGCUUCAGAGGAACAACAAAUCAAGGCUGAGGCAUCAUCCAUCCCACAGCUGGAUGGAACUAAUGACACUUCUUCUGAUGAAGAAAUUGGUAACAUGCGGGAAGUGGAAGAAAAUGAUAUACUUGGAAUUAUUGAUGCUGAAGACCUUAAAGCCCUUGAGGGUUAUGAUGAUGAUGAUAGCUCUAGCGCUGACACUUCCAGUGAUGGCUCUGAUGAAGAACCUAAAGAAGAAAUUAUAGAAGAAGAUCCUUUAAAUUCAGGAGAUGAUGUAAGUGAACAGGAGGUGCCUGAUCUGUUUGAUACGGAAAAUGUAAUUGUUUGCCAAUAUGAUAAGAUUCACAGGAGUAAAAACAAGUGGAAAUUCUAUCUUAAGGAUGGAAUAAUGACCUUCAAUGGGAGGGAUUAUGUGUUCUCUAAAGCUGUCGGGGACGCAGAAUGGUAGAAGCGAAAACGUUCAAAUAAACAAGUUGCCUAAUCCAUUACGGGAGAC